GAAGAUUCGAAUCGAACGUUCAUACAUGUGAAGAACACGGCGGUGGCCAAUCAGCGAGCUCGGAACGCCGGGAACGGAACGUUGAGACACCUCCGGCCUCCCCCCCCCCUUUUCCCCCACAUGCUCCUCCCCUGCUGCUGUUGUUUGUGGUGCUCAAGCAGCCGAGGCGCUGAGGGACUGGGGCAGGGGGGAGCACAACAUAACCGGCUUGGUGCCGACUGAAGCAGGCGGGGGGGAAGCAGGGGUGGCUUGGCCGAGCCGAGGGGCCAGGGGGAGCCGAGUGUGGGGUGGAGAAGGAGAAGGAGAGAAGAGCCUUUGUGGAUUCCCCCCCCCCCCACGCACGCCGCAGCGGCACCGUGUGUGUGUGUUCUGCCCCGCUUCCCUCGUUGUUGUGGUUUCGUUUCUCUCGCCAUGUCGGUGAAUAUGGAGGAGCUGAGGCACCAGGUCAUGAUCAACCAGUUCGUGCUGGCCGCGGGCUGCGCGGCCGACCAGGCGAAGCAAUUGCUGCAGGCAGCUCACUGGCAGUUCGAGACUGCUUUGAGUGCAUUUUUUCAAGAAACUAACAUUCCCAACAAUCAUCACCACCAUCAAAUGAUGUGCACACCUAGCAAUACUCCAGCCACACCUCCCAACUUCCCGGACGCACUAGCUAUGUUUUCUAAGCUGCGGACCUCAGAGAACCUACAGAGCAGCAACAGCCCCAUCACAUCUAUGGCCUGCUCUCCACCGGGUAACUUCAGCCCCUUUUGGGCCUCCUCACCUCCCAACCACCAACCCGCCUGGAUGCCACCCUCCUCUCCAACCAGCCACAACCUCCACCAUCAUCUCCACCAUCAGCAGCCCAUGUGGCCACCCGGGUCUCAGCAAGGAGGCUCCCAGCAAAAAGCUAUGGCUGCAAUGGAUGGGCAGAGAUAAGACUGGUUAACAUUGAAGGGGGGGGGAGGCCGGGGGGAGGGGGGGAGAACAGAGAAGAGGUGCAGGAGAUCAGGGCGUGGGGGAGGGGGUUCCCGAAGAUGGCACUGGAAUAUUUUAUAAUUCUUUUUGUAACUCUGCUGGGAUGGUUGUCAGCCCAUGUGAUUUUUUCCCUUCCAGAGAGUCAAUAACUGGUCUUCUCUUUUUUAAUAUAUAACUAUAUAAUAUAUAAAUAUCUAAUGUAUAUAAAUCCAGAGAGAAUGAGAGCAAUGGAAAGAGACUGGGCAGUGGAAAGAGACUGGCAGCCCGGUGGGCAAUCGCAGGAUGGUCACGACACUGCUUGGGUGAAGAGGAUGUUGCUGGACACAGAGCUUCCCUUGGGCAGAGGGUGGGCUGGCUCAGAAGCUGUUGCCAUUGGCUUCACUUCCCCCCUCCCCAUUUUUUGGCUGCUGCUGGGGUGCCGCUAGAUGAGACGGGAUUGGCCGUCAGAAGGCUGUAUGACUCGGACCCAUGGCUUGCCUGAAAUCUGCUCUUACAAAGUGAGGGUGGAGGGGGAGACGCACCCACUGAAACGUGGCCGCUGUUGGAAAGCGUCCUGCGCGGGGAUGGAACAUGCCACUUGAACCCGGAACUCCCGUGCUGCAGGAACGUGACUGGGGAAGGAGAUGCAUGGCUGCACAUUCAGCUUCCCUGCCGGAACAACUUGGACCAGGAGGAGCAUGGCACGUUGCUGACACCUCUCCCCUCUCGGUAACACCAGGCUGCGUUUUGGCAGGCUCGGGGAACGGGCGUCGGAAGCUCCCAAAGGACAGUGUGACUCUGAGAUCCUAGGUAGACCAGUCCACUGUAGGUCAGCGAGAGGAUUGGGGGAUGGAGCUGGGGGUCUGGAUUUCCUGGACAUCCUUGCUGGGCAUGGUAAAGCCCUCCUCCUUUGGCCUCUGUUGAAAAUCAUCCAAGUCUGCGGCAUGUGCCCCGAAAACAAGCCAGCCUGGGAUUCGUGCCAAUUAAAUCUCACCAUGCCCAGGCCCUGGGAUGCACCUUUUUGCCCCCUCGCCCUGGGGAACAGUUGGUCUCCUCCUCCCUCCUGUACUGGCCCUGUUCCUACACCAGACAAUGCUCAGCAUGGGGAAGCUGAGCUGGAAGGGCAGUUGUGCAAACUAUAAAGGACCAUCCUCCCCCGCUCGGCUUGGCAGCAGGGGCCAAGGGCUCCUUUCAGCCGGGGCAACAGGGAGGGGCUGCGGCUUUUGGGCUUUAGUUUCCAAAUCAGAAUCUUGCUUAAACAGGUUGAAGGUUUUUUAUUAAUUUAAAAAUUAAAAAAAAAAUCACUUUUUUAA